AAAUUUUCCAUCAACGUAAUCAAAAAACAUAUGUUUCUCUGUUGUGUGGUGAAUUUUAAAUUACUGCUUUGCGUAAACAAAACGGUACGGUUGGCUAAAAAAUUUUCGGAGAAUAUAUGAGAAAUAAAUCGAAAAAUUGAUAUACCCAUCAAUAUCGAAUACGUUUAUUUAGCCGGUGUUCACAAGGGCCGUAGUGGGGAAAUUAUUCCCGUCUAUGAUCCAGCUGGUUUAUUUGAAGGCAGAAAAUCUAAAUUGCCACUAACUUGUACUUGCUCUAUGGCUAUAUAGAGAUCUUUGAUCCAGUAGAUCCUCAAGUCUAGAGUUGAACUGUUCCGGCAAUUUGUUUGUAGUACAUAAUGAAGAAAACAUGGGUUAAACGGGAACACAUUUACUACGUUCCUUUUUACAAACAAAAGUCAAAAAUGUUGUUGCUGGGAAUCUUCUUUCUGGGCAUCAUUUUCUUCGUUUAUCAAGCGGUUUCAGUAAGUCAUUUACCUAUAGCUUUGGAGGGCACAAUGAGAGAUUUACGAAAGAAACAUAAACAGAUCCAGGCAUCUUUAGGGCGUAAACAGACGGAUGACUCUAAGGAGAGUGAUGCUGAUUCGUAUUCGAUACAAGAUGUAGGCAUUAAAAUUAUAAGAGGGAUAAGACUUUUCGAUUACGAUUCAUACAAGCCGAAUUUUGAAGGUAAAUUUCGUUGUCUGGAUGGUACUCUAGAAAUAGCAUUUGAACGUGUAAACGAUGACUACUGCGACUGUUUUGGAGACGGCAGCGAUGAACCAAGUACAAACGCUUGCAAUAAUGGCAAGUUCUAUUGUAAAUACCAAAAGCGGCACAUUACGGGAAGAGGACGAGAUGUGUUCGUUCCUAGUAGCCGAGUUAACGAUGGGAUUUGUGACUGCUGUGAUGGUAGUGACGAGUGGCUUGGCACAGCGUGUAAAAAUAAGUGUCUGUAGCAUUUGUAUAUUAAUACAACGUGUACAUACAUAUAAGGCUAGUUGUAGUGUUUAACGAAGAAUAAUGCAUAAUACAUUUUAAUUAUACUUAAGUAGGAAUAAGAAUUCAAACGAAUGUAGUCAGAUAUGGAAAUCUUUUGGAUAAAUUUUUAUAUAAAAUUCUGAAAUUAUAAGUAGUAUCAUGGUACAAUGAAGAGAAGAUAGGCCAACAAAAUUGCAAGUAUAGAAAUCUGCCUGUUUGGCUUGUAAUGUCAGAAUUAGUAUCAAAACAAUAAAAAAAUCAAAAAACUUGUUGCAUUUAUUUUGAAUAAAUAAUUGAAAACCGCGAAAACUGAAUGAAAGGCCAACACUUCUUUUCAAAACCAGGUUCUAUAUAUCUCUAAAGGAUUAUUUCGCUACAAAAACUCUAGAUUUUGUCAAUGCAUACGAUGAAAUAAACAUUUUAAAACAUUUGAAUUUGAAAAGAAAACACAUACAUAAACAAAUAAAGAUGACAUAUUAAGCCAAGAAAAUAAAAAAUUGAAAUCAUAUGGUAUCAUAGCCCUACCUUGAUAUCAUUGUACCAUGAGUAGUAUUGUUAUUUACUGACACUGAAUAUAAAAUUCAUCGUAACUACCAGUGGUAAAUCACACAGAACUGUCAUACGCUGUUUGCGGUCUGUAAACUUUGUAAAGUCACAUUCCCCGCCGCCACAACAAACCAUACACGUCUUCUCACGGUUUAUAAUUGUUUUCGAUCAGCAAGGGCCAGAGGAAACUUUACUACCACUACUGCAUAUAUUGUACACAGCCCACAGUAGGGAAAUUCAUAAGUCCACCAAAAGUAAAACCUAAAUAUAUUUCCCAAAUAAUUACCGUAUACAUCGGUAUAUAUAUAAAGGUAUUUACUAUACUAUUGAAUUAAAACAAUGUGUUUUGACAGCAAGAGAAGACAACAGCUGGGCUUAACGUGUCGCCUUGUACACCUUGGUAAAAACAUAUUUUGAUUUAUUUAAUUUAAUACAAUUUUUAACAAUUAAAUUGCAAAUAAAACAGCUUACAAUAUUUUAAUAAAUCAGAUAUCUUAAAAA